AUGCCCACGCGCGCGAUCAAGGCCAUCUUCUUCACGCGCUUCCACCAUGAAAAGGGCUCCCGCGUCCUACACCAAGUGCCCGAAGGCAGCAUAACGCCAUCGUCCUCUCCCUCCGCCCUGCGCACUCCCCUCUUCGACGUCGACGCCAUAAUCAACACGUACAUCAUCCCGAACCAGCAGUUCUGCGACCGCCUGCUCGCCUUCUGCACCAACCACUACCGCGUCAUCGGCUACCCCGUGUGCAUCCGCGAGGGCAGAUACAGCAGGAAUGAGUUUAUCUUUAACUUUGCGCUGGUCGUCGAGGAGGGUGUGAGUGAUUGGAUCGCGUAUGGAGAGGUGGCGAGGAAGUUGGGGCGCUUGUUGAGGGGACUGGAGGAGCAGGGCGAGUUUUUGAGUCGUGAGGAGGAGGAGGGGAGGGUCUGGGAGGAUGAUGGGGCGACGGGAGGAGGUGGAUUAGGGGACGGGGAGGGGAGCUUUGGGCUCGGUGGCGGGAGCAAGGUGUUUGCGCUUUGUGAGAUGGUGUUGGAGGAUUUGAAUAAUUAUGCCGAGUGUAUGAUACCCAUUGACGACUCCAAUACCAUCAACCUCAAGCUCUUCCCCACCCGCGCACCACCGCCCCCAAUCUACGCCCACCAGGUCCCCGUCCUCACCAUCUCACUCUCCAGCCUCCACACACCAAUCAGCUCAGACCUGACCCUGAACCGCAUCCUGCCCCACAUCAACGGCAUAAGCUCCGUCGCGCACAUAGCGCAGCUCGCCGACACCGAUCUGUCCUUGACUCGCAAAGCCAUCCAGCACCUCGUCUACUACGGCUGCCUCGUCCUGCUCGACAUCUUCAGCUUCGGCGCUGUGUAUGCGCCCACCGCCGAAAUCGGCGGCUUCGUCGUCGACGAAAGCGUGAAGGAGGAGUGCGCGAGAUACGUCCGCGUGCCGCGUAUGCGCAUCGGCUCCAUCAAGCCAAAGCUAGGUUCGGUAGAAUCCGAGAGAUCGAGGGGGGGAACGGACGAGCGCUCAUCCAUAUCCUCAUCGUCGCGCUCCCAGCUGCACAGCGAGCACACAACGCCCUCCGACCGGGCACCCGCACCGGACUUCUCCACCACCUCGGUAUCCUGGUCCGUCCGCGACGCUGACAGCGACGACGAGGAGAGCAACGCUAUCUCGCACAUGACGCUUAUCACGCUGUACACGUCGCUGCGCCAAGGCCUCACGCUGAAGAACUGGGUGCUCGAGAACGUCGAGCUGCUGGGCGGCAUCGACGUGCGGCGCCUCAUCACCUUCGGCAUAAUAAAAGGCUUCCUGUACCGCGUGCACAAAUAUGCCAUCGCGACCUCAACCUCCUUACCGCCCGCACCGCCAGCAUCCCUGCAAUCAGUCUCCACCUCCGCCGCCGUCAACCAUAACGACGUCAGCGACCAGGCGACUAUUCGAGGCGGCCAUCUCGCCCGCAUACCCAGCCUCGUGGCUCCUACGGCUAACGCGUUCCCCCACCCGGCGGGCGAGAGGAGAGCGGAAGAGAUGGUGCGGCUGAAUAGCUUGGUGAGCGAGGAGAGGGAGCAGGGACUCCCGCUGGUGCGGUUCCUGGAUGGCAUGCAUUGCUUUGAUGAGAUUUGUACUGAGUUGGGCAUGAGUGAGAGGGUGGUGGAGGGGAAGAUUAGGGGGGUGGGCGAGGUGCAGGUUUUUAGUCGGUGA